AUGCGUCCGGUGCCUCAGCACCGUGGACAUCCGCCUCGUAACCGUCGAUCAAAAAGUUGUACAGGAUGCUGCUCAAAGUGCCAAUUGUUUGUUUCAUACCUUCUUGUGAUUGUUGGAAUUCUAUUCCUUGCUUUGUCCAUAUGGCUCUACUUCUUCCGUGGUGAUCUCAUCCCUCUCAUACGAAGUGAUUUCUACAUUCAAUCCAUCUACAUGGCAGUAGUUUGUGGAAUUUCAAAUGUAGUCAUCGGAUUUUUGGUUCAUUCAGCAGUCAGCAACCGAUGUGUGCUUGUCUUCUACCUCUUGAUGCUCAUCGUCUCUAUGAUUCUGGAAGGAUGUCUUAUCUACUUCACCUUCUCAUACCACACAACGUACAUGCAAGAACUGGAAAUAUCUUUACCAAACGACAUUCUCAAUAACUACAACUCUGACCUCAACAUUGCUAAAGCCGUCAAUUUCCUACAAAAAGAUGCAAAAUGCUGUGGAUCAAACGCUUUCAAUGACUGGCCAAAACCUGAAGUCGAAGACCAUUAUCUUCCAUAUGCUAAGACAGUGAUGCAACGUGUUCAGUAUGUGCCAGAUUCCUGCUGUAAGAGUACUCAUCAACGAAAAGGGUGCGCUUUGAGUGAUAGUCCCAACAACAUCUUCUACAGAGGAUGUUUGCCGUUCUUGAAAGAAGAAGUCUACAACAAUCUCAAUUUCCUGUUCACCGUCACUGCAGCUUCUCUGGUCCUUCACUUGGCCAAUUUACUCUUUGGAUGUUGUGCUUGUUUCAAGACAGAUGAAGAUGAGGAAGAAAAUCCAUUCAAGGACUAUGUUCAGGAAAUGCAUCUUUUCGAUUAA